CAUCUGAAUCAAACUUAUACUUCGAUAUUCUAUUGGGGUUUAAAUUGCGAGCUCAGUUUAGAAAUAAGGACAGUUGUGGUUGGGACGCGUUUCGAAAGUAUGCUGCGAUUAAGUGCGGGUUAAAAAAUUUGAAUAUAUUCGAAGUUUGCUCGGUUUUGAAAGUUAAAAGACUUUAUUUUUUGAUUUUGGAUUAAAAAUGUUUGUUCAAAAAAUAAACGUUGUAAUGUUAAUAGGAGGUUUAAUGGUUCUUUGGAUAGCGUUUUGUUCUGCCACUGCAUCUCAUAGGACAUUGGAGGACGCUCGAAGUGAACGCAAUCGAUUGGUGCAAAAGUACAUUAAGACAUUGAAGAAAGAAGAAGGUGCGAUUCGACUAGUUGGAGGCCCAAAUGAAUAUGAGGGUAAUAUUGAAAUUCUUCAUAAUAACAAAUGGGGUUCGGUGUGUGACGACGAAUGGGACAAUUCGGAGGCACAAGUUGUUUGUCGACAACUCGGAUUCCCUGGAUUCAAAAAAUUCACCCACAGUGGAGCAUAUGGACCAGCAAGACGUCGUUUUUGGAUGGACAAUGUCAUCUGUGAUGGACAUGAAAAGGAACUAACUGAUUGUCGCUUCGACGAUUGGGGUCAAAGUGACUGUGAAUCCUCGGAAGCGGCAGGUGUUGUUUGUAAAGCUCCUCUUGCAGACAAAUUCGGGGUAAACAAACAGGAACCUAAAGAAAAAAUACCAAAACGUCGGAUCCACCAUUCACAUCGAAUGGACGUCCGGCUGAAGGGUGGACGAACCAGAAGUGAAGGACGAAUUGAAGUUCGAAUCAACGGGGGUCAAUGGGGAAGUAUUUGCUCAGACGGUUGGUCCUUGUUAGAAGCAAAUGUUGUGUGUCGGCAAUUGAAUCUGGGCUAUGCGGAAGGAGCCUUCCAGACCGACUUCUUCGGUGGAUCGAAUAUCUCAAAGACCAUUCUCAGUGGAACAGAGUGCUAUGGCAAUGAGUCUUCCUUGGCUCAUUGCUUACAUCAUGAUCAUUUGAAUGGAUUCAGUCACUGCCAUGGAUCCCCGAAUCAUGUAGCAGCGGUUACAUGCAAUCACCUAGCUCCGGAUUUGGUUUUCAAUUACCUUGAAUUGGAGCAAACGGCUCAUUUAGAAGAUCGACCAAUGUUCUUCCUGCAAUGUGCCAUGGAGGAGAACUGUGUAGCCGCAGAGGCGUAUGAAAUCCAGAAGUCCAAUCCUGAUUGGCAUUUGAUGACUCGAAGGUUGCUAAAGUUCACUGCAAGUGUGUUGAAUGCAGGAAACACCGAUUUCAGACCAUCCAUUCCGAAACACCUGUGGGAGUGGCACAUGUGUCAUAUGCACUACCACAGCAUGGAAGUAUUUGCUGUUUUUGACAUAUUUGAUCUGAGUGGUAAGAAGGUGGCUCAAGGCCAUAAGGCUUCAUUCUGUUUGGAGGACAAUCAAUGCCUGCCAGGAGCAAAACCAAAAUAUGCAUGUGCCAACUUUGGAGAUCAAGGAAUCUCUGUUAACUGUUCGGAUAUUUAUCGUUACAACAUCGACUGCCAAUGGGUGGAUAUAAGUGAAAUGGAAACUGGGGAUUAUGUCAUGAAGAUUUCGGUGAAUCCUGAAUUCAAGGUUUCCGAAAUGUCUUUCGAUAAUAAUGCUGCUGUAUGCAAAUUAACUUACACUGAAUCGUAUGCAAGGGUUUACGAUUGUCACAUGACACGACCUUAAAGUAAUGUGUUUCUACAGUUCUGUCUGUUUUGUUAAUAAAGUUUGUUCUUUAAGAUACUUUGUAUAUGUAAAAUAAAACUGUCAUUUGCAUUUAAUAUAAGAAA